CAGAGAGUGGUCGUCGAACGUAGAUCCACUUCGGAUCGGGAAUUUUUUUUUUAUUAUUAUUAUUUAUUUAUUUACUUUUUUCCACCUUAAAAAAAAGAAAUUUUUCUUCAUUUACAUGUGUGGUUCAAAUUUAAUUUAAAAAUGUGCGGAAAUUAUUUCAAAUCAUUGUGGAUUUAUUAUCAUUGGGAAUAUGUGUGAUUUUAAUGAAAAAUUUAUUAUUGAAAAGUGUAUACAAGUGGUAGAGUGGACUUAUGAGAAAAAGUGAAAUUUUAAAAAAUUUAAAAUGGGACAAACCAGUCCCAUUGAAUUGGUUUUCUUCAUCUUUAUUCUUCUCUCAGGUUCAUUGGCAUUUAAACCAAUACUAGAACCUUCGUCAAAGGAAAUAAUUAUAAACGAAGGAGAUUUAUUGGAACUCAAUUGUACAAGCGGUACACCAUUAAUUUUUGUUUAUCCUCACGAACUCUUAAGUAUUGAUACUUCAGAUGCAAUUUUAUCGACAAUCAUUGAUGAUGAUGGAAAUUUUAUUAUCAAUUUUCGGCGCUUGUCAGCAAUUUCCGGUGACACUGGAUGGUAUGGCUGUGCAGAAGAGGAUGUCGGUUUCCCUAGCAAGCAAGAUAUGGGUUUUCAUGCUAAUUUCUCCUGGAUUUAUGUUUACGUAAAAUCGGAUGAACAAUUAUUGGUUGCUGAUUUAGAUUUGGAAGUUUUACAUGCAACUUCAGGAUACGAUGAAAUAAUUCCUUGUCGUCCUACAUCGCCUUAUUUUAAUGUCACAAUUUCAAUUCUCGGCGAUUCUAUAUAUGAAAAAAUACAAUCGACAUUCAAUCCAAAAAUUGGAUUUGUCCUCAAAAAUCCUCAAGUGAUUGACAGCAAUCAAUACGAAUGUACUGCAACACGUGAAGAUGGAUUCACUCAAUCGAUUGAUGUAUAUUUAAUGGUCACAACUCCACCUUUAAUAGAGGAUUUAAAAAUUACUCCUGUGAGACCGCGAUACGUGAUUGAGGGUCAAAAUUUAAGUAUUAAUUGUACAGCAACUAUAACAAAAGGAGGGCCAUUUACUGUUCGAUGGUUUGGUCCACCUAAUAGGACUUUAAUACAAAAUGAUCCAAGAAGACCAGUUAAAAAUUAUACAUCUCACUUGGAACAAUUCUGGAAAUACACAGUAGAAUUAAAUAUUCUAAAUUCUACACAUGCCGAUAAUGGUAUAUAUUACUGUGAAACUAAAACAAACGGCCCAAAAGAGGAGGCACAAACAUUUAUAGAGAUACACGAUCCUCGAAUAACUUUUAUUGACGUUGACAGUGAUGAUCACUAUCGAUAUCACGUACUAAACGAGACAGAACACGUGAGAUGGAUAGUGCAUAUUUAUGCUCAUCCACCACCAACAAUUCGUUGGAUGUCCAGUUUAGGAAAAAGUGAAUUGCAGCCAGUAGACGAUAGAUUACAUCCUGAAUAUAACAUAACCGUAGAUCCAGAAUUGACAAUGACUACUUUCUCUAUUAGAAAUUUAAGGCUAGCUCAUUCUGGCAAUUAUACACUGGAAGUUUCAAAUGAACAUGGAAAUAGGUCCAUCACAUUUUCUCUUUAUGUUAGAAUGAAACCGAGAAAUAAUAUUAAGGUACAUGCGUAUUACGCUCCAAAUCAAUUAGUGGAGAUAAGAAAUGAAAUUGACGCAUAUCCAGCGACAAAUGUGACCUGGAGUUAUCUUAAUUGUCCUCAUUAUCCAUCUCAACAUAGUUGUUUUGUCGAAAACAUGUUGGAAUGGUCUUUAACAGAAGAAUCACCCAUUAGGUUUGAGACAAUAGUAAAAUUUCAGGUAAAAAUGUCUGGUGUUAUUACGUGUCUUGCAUGCAAUGAAGUUGGUUGCGAAAUGGCACACGAAGUAGUUUUAGUUUCCGAUGGAAACAAUGGUGUUGGAAUAAUAAUUCCCGAGGGUCAAAUGACAGUUGGAGAUGACUUGGAACUAAUUUGUUUCGCAUCCAUUUAUAACUACACUAAUAAUUUAAGAUGGCAAAUUGACGAGCAAGAUGUCGUCGAAAACGACAGAAUAAAAUUAAUUAAGGAGAAAACACAAUUUACACAUCGUUCAAUAUUGUCAAUAAAAAAUUUACAAAAAUCCGAUGCAAUGGAAUAUGCGUGCGUCGCAACUGCUAAUGAUUUCAACGAAUUGAAAGAAUAUUACAUUUUGAAUUUAGCUGAUCCAAUACCGGCUAAAAUUAUAGAAACAAAUAUGAACGGUACAGAAGUGACUUUUGAUUUAAAUACUUUGGGCCACAACAUGAUUAGUUUAACUUGUGGUGCUAUUGGAACGCCUAAACCCAAUAUCACAUGGUAUAAGGAUGGUAAUCUCCUUGAAAGAAAUAAUCAAUAUUUUUUCACACGAAGUAAACAGGAACUUAAUAUAAAAUAUCUCGAUGAAGGAGAUAGUGGAAAAUAUUUGUGUCGUGCCGAAAAUCGUUUUGCUAAAGAGGAAAGAUUUUUGACGUUCAUUGUUGUUGGAAAAGAAUUGCCAAAAACUUGGAUUAUUGCUGGUUGUACUGUAUUAAUUAUUUGUUGCCUAUUGACUGUAAUUUAUUGCAUCAAAUUUAGACGAGAGAGGGUAAUGAGAAAACAGUUAAUGGAGGCUGGACUGACUCAUUUCGAAGAAGGAGCUCUGGAAUGUUUGAAUCCUGAUUUAACAUUGGAUGACCAAGCAGAGCAUCUCCCCUAUGAUAGAAAAUGGGAAUUUCCUCGUGAGAAAUUGGAACUUGGUAAACAAUUGGGUAGUGGUGCUUUUGGCGUUGUUAGAAAAGCUCGAGCUAAAGGAAUAUUGGAAAACGAAGAAGUUACAACCGUUGCUGUAAAAAUGGUUAAACGAACAAUUGAUCCAACUUACAUUAAAGCUCUAGCUAGUGAGCUUAAAAUUAUGGUCCAUCUUGGAAAGCAUCUCAAUGUUGUUAAUCUCCUCGGAGCUUGUACAAAAAAUAUUUCUAAAAGUGAACUAUUAGUCAUUGUGGAAUAUUGCCAUUUUGGCAAUUUACACAAUUAUCUUCUUCGACAUAGAGGAGAUUUUAUUGACCAAAUUGAUCCAACUACGGGAAAAUUGGACAUUAACAUUGGUCAGGAUAUUUUAUCGGAAACUAAUAAUUACGACGAUGUAAACAGGGUAAAAUAUGCUGCAUUGUCUUUUUCUCCUAGUCAUAGCUAUAAUUCGGACAAUACUCGACCUGGUGUUGAAUCCGUAACAUACACUCAAGACUCAGUAACAUUAGGAACAGGAGAAUUUAGUAUGAGCAAUACAUCAUCGCAACCCGAUUGGCGAACCAAUUAUCGUGGUGAUUACAAAGAUAAAAAUUUAAGACCAAUCUGCACACAGGAUUUAACAUCCUGGGCUUUUCAGGUUGCUCGCGGAAUGGAAUAUCUCUCUGAACGUAAAGUUUUGCAUGGUGAUCUUGCUGCGCGUAAUAUUUUAUUGGCAGAAAAUAAUAUUGUAAAAAUAUGUGAUUUUGGAUUGGCAAAAACAAUGUAUAAGGAUAAUAAUUAUAAAAAGAAAGGCGAUGCAUUGUUGCCAAUUAAAUGGAUGGCGAUAGAAUCAAUUCGCGAUAGGGUAUUUUCCACACAAUCGGAUGUAUGGUCAUUUGGCAUUGUUUUGUGGGAAUUUUUUACAUUGGCACAAACGCCUUAUUAUAGUAUUGAUGCAGAAACGCAAUAUCAUAAAUUAAUUGAAGGAUAUAGGCUAGAGCAACCUGAAUAUGCUACAAGAGAAAUGUAUGAUAUAAUACUGCAGUGCUGGACAGUUAGACCAAUUUUACGACCAUCAUUUUCGGAAUUAGUGAAUUUAAUUGGUGAUUUGUUAGGCGAAAGUGUGAAACAGCACUAUAUGGAUCUGAACACACCUUACAUGGACAUGAAUACAAUGGCGUUGGAGGGAAAAAAUGACUAUCUAAAAAUGAUGUCAGCUCCCGAUCAUACAUUACUCUCAUCACCAAGUCAUGAUUACGUGAAUGCUCCAAGUAUUGAAUCAACAGGUCGAGGUGAUUCUGCCUAUUUAAGUCUGAGUCCUUCGGGAAAGGACGAUACAAUGAUUAAUAGUCCAGGUCCUGAUUUUAAUCAUACACAUUUUCGAUUUCCAACUCCAGUUAAUAAUAAAUCAGCUAAUGAUUCAGAUCCAGAUGAAAUUGUUGAAUCCUCCCCAAUGCUACAAGAAGAUGAUGAUCCCUACCUCAAACCAAUUAAUAUUCAUGAACAGCGUGCAAGAUUUGUUAAGGAACAACAAUCAAAACGAAGGAAACCAGUUGAAAUACCUGAUCCAAAUUUAGGUUACUGUAAUACUUCAAAUAUUAAUUCAUUGGAUAAUAAAAAAGACACAGUGGAUUAUACAGAGAAAAAGAAUGGCAGUAGUGUUCCAUCGAUUAUUCGAACGCAAGACAAUUAUGUCAAUAUGCCGAAGCAAAAAAGUGAUUUACGUAAAGAUCUUCCUCCAGGAACUUCGGUUCAAUCAUUUUCAAAUCCUAGUUAUAUUUUUAUGGAUCAAAAAGAUAAUGAUGAGGUUGAUGUUUAAGACGUGAUAUAUUUUUUUAAAUUGUGACUUUUUAUUAAAAAUAUCGCUAUAUAAGUUAAUUUUAAUUCUCCCGAAAUGAAUUGACGAAAAUAUAUUCAGAAUUUAGAAAAUUGUUUUUAAAAAAACAAUAAAAAUACGAAAUUUUUUUUUAUUUUUUUGCAGUCUUGUUUAAAUAAUAGAGAUUGUGCCAUGAUUAAAAAAAAAUUAAUAUUUAAGAUAAAAUAAUAUAAUUUUGUUAAGUAACAAUUGUUUCAUUAACAUGAAGAGUGGCUGUGAAUGAUUUUGAAUUAAAGUGAAACACCCAAUUACAUUCUUCAAUAUUUGAAAAAGAUUUCAAUUAAUUUACUAUGAGGCCGUUUUCACUGUGUGGAGAAAUUUAAUUUUCCGAGAGGUUAAAGAUAGUCUGCGUCUGCGCAGACAAAUAUUCUGCGCAGACGCAGAAUAUAUAACCUUUCGAAAGAUUAAAUUUAUCCACACGGUGAAAAUAGACUCUAUAUAUACGGUUAUUUUCAAUUAAUUUACAAACGGUUAUUUAAUUAGUUAAAUGAAUUUCAAGACUGUUGAUAUAUUAUCUUGCAAUAAUGCUCUAAAAAAAACUUCUUGAUAACAAUUUUUUUAAAUAAAAUAUUUCAUAGAAAAAUUUUUUUAAUAAAAAAAGAAUUCUACAUACUGAAGGACAAAAUUGAAUAUUUUUUUUGACAAAUUAGGCACACACCCAAAAAAAUGUUUCUUUGAAUCAAAGAAAAUUUUUUUAAAUUAAAGAAAACAUUUCUUUGACUCUAUAUCAUUUUUCUUUGAUUCAAAGAAACAUUUUUUUUGGCAAUUUUCACUCUUACGUGGUAUAUGUAUUCAAUUUUAAAGCCAAAGAAUUUGUUAAUAAAUUAGAAGCAAAAAAUUUUCUCACCUCAUUUAUAUUUGUUACAUAAAAUUAAUUUAAUUUAAAAAAAAAUUUAAUUUUUCUGUAAAAUUAUUUUUAUUGUAGUUGAGAAAAUUAAUGUACUUAAUCAAACUUUUCAAUAAUUGAGAAUAUCAUUGAAAAGUCAAAAUUAGAAACGUAUUUAGUUAAAUAAUUGACAAUAUUUUUAUAAAUAAGUAGUUUAUAUAAAUAUUUUUUAAAAAAAUUAUACAAAUUAUGAAUAUUGCCUGUAAUUUAAUUAACGUGAUAAUGUCUGUAAUUAAUUGGCGCAAAUUAAAUUAAUUCCAAUUUUUAAAAUAGGUAAAAUAUAAAAUAUUAAAAAUAACAAAAUACGUUAUAAAUUAUAUUAUGUUAUUAAAUAUCGACUUUAUCUUAUAAAAAUUAAGUAAAAAUAAAUUUUCUAUUUCGUUAUUGAGAUUAAUAAAAUGUAUAGUUUAUGAAAUUAGAAUUUUUAAAAAUUGUUAACAAAUCAAUUUUAUAAUUCAUUAUAAUAAAUACAUCUAACUUCUCAGAGCUUCCUUUAUAUGUGAACUUAUAAAUUAAAUUACUCAAGUUUUAUACUAAAAUUGCUUUUUGAUUAGAAUUCCCAUAUAGAUAUAUAUUUACGCUUAUUUAAAAAAAAAAUUAAUAUAUUUAGAAUAAAUAAGUAGGUGCGAAAAAAAUUUAUCAAAGUACUUAAUAACUCUUUGCCUCGCGUUUCACGUAUAAUUAAUAUGUGUGUUUGUGUAAAUAUAGAUAUUUUGUAAUUCAAAAUAAAUAUUUCUAUGUUUUCUAUGUUAUGUACUUUCUUGAACAAAAUUUACUGAUACGAAAAUUGUAUAACGCAUUUUUUUUAAUGACAAACUCAAUAUAAUUGUUUAGAAAUAAGUUUUUGUAUUUUUUAGUAAAAAUGACAAAAAAUUGUAA